AUGUCGAUCACUCUUGACGAUGUCUCAAGUUUACUUCACCUUCCGGUACUGGAACAAUUAUGUGAUUUGGAGGAGUUGGAGUUUGAGGAGGCUCGUACAACCCUUGUAGAACUGCUCGGCGUUGAUGGUGGCGCAGCUGGUGCUGAGAUGGAGGAUGCACGUGGUCCGAAAGUCAGACUCAGCUGGCUAAGAGAGAUAUAUGUUCAGAGAGAUGUACACGCGUGUGGUAGAUAUGCUUGGGGUGUUGCUGCACUCGCCCAUUUGUACGACCAGCUCAGGGAUGCGAGUUUGGCUUCCACGAAGCAGACGGCUGGAUUUCUGACUUUGUGUCAGCAUUUCCCUACGAUGGGAAGGAGGCGGUUGGUGUCUUCUUAUGAUGAGACCACACCAUGUGCGGCUAGGUGGCAGAGCCCUCGGCAGAGUUCGACUCUUGCAGAGAUUCGGUCGCAGUUGGAUGGCCUGACAUACAGUGGAGUUGUAUGGAAUCCAUAUGAGGGACAUCGGAGCAUUCAUCCAUUCUUUGGCAUUUGUAUGUAUUCUAGAUGGAUUUGGAUUGGUGACACCCUUUCCCGUCAUUUGCCUGAGCGUGUGAUGAGGCGUUUUGGGUUAUACCAGGAGAUUCCACGACCACCCACUGCUGUUGCAGAUGCAGAUGUAGUCGCUGUUGAUUAUGCGUGUUUGCAGUUCAUGUAUCACGUUAUUAUGAAUGUGAGACAAGCAUCAUACCCUUAUGAAUUUGUCGAUGGAUACAUACAGUGGUUUAGGAGGGUUUCACAUCCCUAUAUUAUUCUUGCUCCACCUGAUGCGAGACCGACUCUUGCGCCUACACAGUGUCCCAAUGUUCCACAGGAGGCACGGCCCCAUCGUAGAUCCUCUCCACCUUCACCAUCUGGCGUCGUG